AUGCCCCAAAGAUGUUGUGUGCCUGGGUGUAAGGCUUCAGGGGGACAUCAGUUUCCGAAUGAUCCGACAUUGAAGAUGAAAUGGAGGGUUGUCUUCAGGAGAACUGAUGUUAAGACAAAGAAGUUGUGGAAUCCUGGUCAACAUGACGUUGUAUGUUAUGACCACUUUCUUGCCACUGAUUACCGAAGAACAUUGUCAGGUGAUCGCUGCAGACUUACAGAAAAUGCUAUUCCCUCUGUGUUUGAAUUUAUGAAGACAUGUUCUGAGGAGUCUCCAAGAGCAAACAGAUUUAAAAGAAGAUCUGAUACUUCACUAGCAACACCACAUUUAAUUAAGGAUGAUUCUAUAGAGGUCCAAUAUGAAACUGAAAUUGAAACAACAAAGAAGCUCAAGAGUCAACCUCAAGAAAUUAACAUUUGA